UUACCGCGCAGCGAAGGCUGUGUUUUGUUUGUAUUAAUUUCCAGCAUUUUCCUCCGACUCAGGUGCUAUAUCAUGCAUUCGUACUGAUCUAUUAUGGAGGUGUACUUCUGUACUUCCUUCAGCUCUGGUGGACGCAACUUUCGACCGUCUCUCGUAUCCCCAACUAAUUAACACUUUCUAUAGGCACGAUGAAUAGCUUCAAGCGAGCGAGCGAUUUCAAUGUAAGCCUGGUCAUCGGACCGAUCCAAGUCUGUGGGCUGUUGAGUGCUGCGUUAUUCGGCUGCCUUGCCUGCCAGUCCUACCUGUAUUUUGCAAGAUUCAGGAGCGAUCAUCUCGCCCUGAAAGCAAGUGUGUCUGCAGUCAUCUUGAUUCAGCUGGGCCACUUUGUUUGUGUAAUAUCGAUGUUGUGGACGAUGACUGUCAGUACCUAUGGUGACCCAUCUCAACUCACGGUGCUUCCUCUAGCGGCAGACCUCGCCAUUUCGUUGAGCGGUUUGACAGUAUUUAUUGUGCAGUCAUUUUACGCUUUUCGACUUUGGAGGUUGACUGGAAAUAUCUUCUUGCCCAUUCUUUGCCAAGUGCUCUCCCUGAUUGCACAAACUUCCACGUUCGUUGUCACAGCAAGGGCAAUUUCUAUGACGGACCUUGCGGGUUUUGGAAAUAAUCAGAUGCUGCUGAUUGAGCUCUCUUUUGUCGCACGUGCAGCCUGCGACUUGAUCAUCACCGCUGGAAUCGCCUGGAGUUUAAAGAAGAAACGAGACUCUGGGAUUGGAGGCACGGUUACGAUGAUCGACCGGUUGAUUAAAUGGACAAUCGAAACUGGUCUAGUCACUAGUUUGAUGGCUCUUACAUUGGCAACGUGGUUUCCAAACCUGAAACAGCUGCCCUCAGGCUUUUUUUCAUGGAUCGGGUUAUGGUUACUGUGGCCUGAUGUCGUAGGGAACUCCUUGUUAGCCUCGUUGAAUCGUCGGUUGCUCUUUCGGGACAGGGUCUCAAGAAGCGAUACUCAGACCUUUGCUUUGAACACGAUUGUGCUCAGCGCUGGGGCCACGCAAUCACCAGCUGACCCAUCAGAGAACUUUAAGGAUCGAGAUUUACUAGUAUAAACGAAACUCGUUGCUGACUUGGGGGUAAAUUGCAGACGAGAUGAUUUGCUCUUGACAUUUUGUAGGUUGUUAUUAGGCAUGAAUUGUAUGUAUAUAUCAAGGUCCGUUAGUAACGAUGUCAAUUCCAGAAUGUACUAAUGUACUGGGCGUCCUGUGAGGUU